AUGACUUAUAUUUUUCAACAACCUAGGAGGAGAAUCGAGAAUCCAUCAAUGCUCGAAUUCUCGAUUUUUUUUCUCCAAGACGUCACUUUGCAUCAAAAUGACUGGUCGCCAGUGGAAAGCAACCGGUCGCCCCCCUUAGUUCUUCAACUACAUAGAACCUACUUCAAAACGACUGGUCGCCAGCAUACAGCGACCGGUCACUAG